AUGAAGCUCUCAGGCGUGCUAAGAGGACUUCUUAUGCUUUUUGUGUCCGUUAAGGGUCUUGCUGAUUUGACUGUCACCUGUUCUGCUUCCUGGCUCCUGGUCAAAGUUAGACGAACACCUAUAAUAAAUGACCUGCAACCUCAGUCAAAUGAGCUCUACCUUGGGUAUGGCUGCCCUGUGAACAUAGUCAAGGAGGACUUCUUCCAGUUCCUUUAUCUUCUAGCUUUUUGUGGCAUCAGGGUUUAUGAAUACCCAUUAGCAAUCCUCAUUGAAAGUUCAAUCACAUAUGAUCCGGUGCAUUUAGAUUUCAUUGGCCAAAUCCCAAUAUCAUGCUACAUUCAAAGAAAGUUUCCAAUAAAUUUGGUGAUGAAAAUACGAGGUAAUAGUAGUCGUGAAUCCAGAAGGCCGGUGGGACAGAAAUGCUCACUGUCAUGUGAAGUCGAACACUUGGAAAACCUUCCGAGAACAUUAUCUAGGGACAUUUUUCCCUUGUUGGAUCCUAAAAACUACAUUCCCUUCUAUUAA